AUGGACCGGGAACGACUACUUAUAACUUUGCCCAACGGCAUCGAGCCGUCCGCCCUCAGGGACAAGAAGGUAACGUCUACGAUACAAAUUCAACCAGAGUUACGACGUGAAACUGUCCGGAGAGAGUGUGAGAAUCUCAUCAACAGUAUCUAUAGCGACACAGGAGGCAUCGUGGUGGCGCACUGGAAUCGACAAACGAUCAAGCACUUCGACGUGUACGCAGGCGCCGGCUCGAAGAAAGCCAUAGCUGCCGUCAACGAUUGGAUCAAUCGAGGUGACGUGAAGAGUAAAGACUCUGCAGCGUGGCCUAAGAUUGGUAGCUAUUGCCCAGCGCAAUGGAUACAAGGGUACCUGGCAGAGGAGGAAGAGCAACGAGCGGCGUUUUUCCUGGGUCCGAUACCAGAUCGGGAGGAUAUGCAGUCAACUUUCGUCGACUGGCCUGAAGACCUACCCAACCAGGAUGUCACGCCCCGUACAGCGUUUGGUAACGAGCUACAGGCUCUGAACGACAUCCGCAAACGAGAUGAGGUCUUCAUAAGGCUUCUGCACAAUCAUCGCGUCGAGAUCAUUGGGUUCGACAAUGCUAAUGUCCUGGAAGCCGAAGGCCACUACAAGACCGUGAUCGAAAGGCUGAGAGCGGAGAAGUGCAGUCUUCACAAAGGAAUAAACAUGAUCAUAGACGGUCGAGAGGGCUUAGAUGUCCAGCUACUCCGAGCAGAUGUCUGGUGGCCCAGCCAUACGGAUGUGAUCAUGCCUCGACUGCUGCCGGAUGUGAGCAUGGAUCGGCCUGGACGCUUUCGCGAAGAUGGUCUCGACGACCUGCAGCUGAUCGAAAUCCAAGAAUCGUUCAAGCACACUCUUGAAGCUGCAAGCUACAGGAAGGGGUGCUACGAUUUCGCUGUGCGUCUCGGCUGCAUUGCUCUUUCUUCCAAACAGAUGGGAGAGAGCUAUAUUGGGAAGAAGAACGACAAGGUGACAUUCACCAAGUCAAUCAAUGGCAAGGUCGACUUGUCGCACAAGAAAUGGCUUCUCGAGAAUGUGGCUGGUACGCAACUCUAUCACUGUCUUGUCGCAACGAAUGGCUUUCUUAAGCCUAUCAACGCCUGGACGAAUUUACCAACAGAUUCCAAGGAUGUCCGCCCUUCUCUACACGGGUUGUGGGUCUUCCGUGAUCCCAAUAACACCCAGAAGCAGCCCUUACCACCUGUGCGAAGCGUUGGCAGACCGACUCCAAUGAAACAAGCACCACCGACUGUAGCUCCUAGCCCUCGGAGUAACUUGUUUGUAGUCAAGAUCGAUUGGACUGUCGAUGAAGACGGCUCGUACGAAAAGACUGGAAAAAGGUUCUAUCGGCUCGAUCCUGGUAAAAAUGGUCCUAGACGGAAUAUGGAUGUCAAUCUGUUGGAGUUGGGCGAAUCGAGGGCCUGGUCCUUUACCUUGGAGUCUAUGAUGCCGAUAUCACGAUCGAACGUCUCUCCGGCGCUUGUGGGCUUCGCGGAACGUACUGUCUUGAAAGCGGACUAUGAUCUGAACUCGACCCAAAGCUUUGUGACGCUGGAUCGAAGCCCCAGUAUCAGAUCAUUGCUAGUUCACGGCCGCCUCGACAAGAUGUACUCGUUCGGUGUUCAGGACACUAGCUACAAGGUUGAGUUGACGGCAAUGUGGUACCCCAAGGAAUCGUCCCCAUGCUGGGGUCUCGCCGUGCGUCACCAGCAGUGGGCCGACCAUCUCGCGGAGCUGGAACAACUGCAGGCUGGUCACCAAGCCAAUUGGAAAGACAUCAUUGGAACCUUCCUGCCUGACGACGGAUGCAUCUCGAUGGUGCACGAAGUAGGGGAUCUCGGCGUCAGCGACCUCAACAUCAACAGCGAUGUUGGUGUCAAGACAGAUGUCGAGCCUGAAAAAGACAAAGAUGAUAAGAAAGACGUCGAUGCUCAGAAAGACGCCGAUGCUAAGAAAGACGUCGAGAAGUUGCCGCCUCGAGAAGGAAUCUGCACCUUAGUAGGAAUACUGCUGCGGCUUUCUGAGAUUGUAAACUCAGUGACACAGGGUUGAGGUGGGUAGGUUUCAUUCCUGUCAGCUCCUUGCAGCUACAAGGGAAAAUCUUUGCCUAGUGAGUACGAUUUCAGAGACGACGGUAGCACGCAAAUCGG